AUGGAUGACAAUAUAGCCACAUUUUUGGCAUUUACCGCCACCGAAGACACUGCUGUAGCAAAACAGUUCUUGGAACUCAGCGGCAACAAUGUAGAAUACGCCGUACAACUCUUCAUGGAAUCUGGAACAACAAAUUCUUCUCAUGACGCCGAUUUGGCCCAGAGGCUACAGCAAGAGGCGUAUCAAGACAAUGUCCGCGAGGCCGAUACAAAUGUCCACCGACAUGAGACAUUGCAAGACUCAUUCGGAUCAUUUGCUUCGCCAUUCACAAACCCUAUGACAGCAGCCAAUGCCAUUUUCGGCCGCGGCAGAACUGGAGUCUUCAAUCAAAGAUUCGAGGAACUAGAUGAUGAAGAUGAAGAUGAGGAUCCAUACAAUGAUGAUGAUUACGACAACGAUGAAAUAGACUACGAUGACGAGCCACAAGAAAUCGAUGACGGAUCGGAAAUCGAGGAGAUUGAUGGCCACAUCAGCACAAAUCCAAUCGUGGUUGAGAUUGACCUGGAUAGCGACGAACAGUCCAGCUCUCUGGCCCGCAAUACCGGGGGAAGUUCAGCUCCAGUUUCUCGAAGAGCCCGGAGAAGGGAAGAUCAUUUGCUGGAAUUGAAUCUGACACAGCGACGCUUGGCGGAUUUGUUCAAGCCUCCAUUUGACAUCAUGAGCAGGAUAUCACUUGAUGAUGCGAAAAUCAUAGGACGCCGCGACAAGAAAUGGAUCCUUGUGAACAUUCAAGAUCAGUCCGAGUUCCAGUGCCAAGUUUUAAAUCGUGACUUUUGGUCCAAUGCCGAUGUGAAGCAUAUGGUUAAAGAGAAUUUUGUUUUCUUACAAUACCAAGUGGAUUCACCUUGGGGCGAGAUGUUCUCGAAUUUCUAUCAUGUGACCGAAUAUCCAUACAUUUGCAUUUUGGACCCUUUGACAGGAGAGCGAGUUCGUCAAUGGCCGAGCGGUCUUGUCCCUGAUGUAACUGACUGGUUGAGUGAUGUAGAACUAUUUUUGGAGAAGUUCUCAUUGGGAAGCGGAGCACAAAACCCACACGCAGAACAUGAAGUAAGAUUCGAUCCUGAUGCAAUGUCGGAAGAACAGCAGCUAGAGUAUGCUCUCAGGCAAUCGGUCGCAAACGAAGAAUCACAGACACAAACCAUAGAAGCCCAAGAGAAGGAGGAAGAAGAACAAGAUCCAUUCAAAUCCAUUCAGUCAAUUGACCACGAAGAGCCAAGUGGUGGCUCCAUAACUCGAGUUCAAGUGAGAUUCCCUACAGGAAAGAGACUAGUUCACAAAUUCGAUCUUGAGACAGACAAAGUUUUGAACCUCUACCAAUGGCUCAAGUUCGUGCUUUCGCAAGACGAUGGCUCUACAUUCGGCAUCGGUCCUGAUGAUAUCUUUCAAUUAUCCUGUGUUGGAAGAUCAAAUCCAUUAAUAGAAAGUCUUGAAGACAGCAUAGGACAAGCUGGUUUGAAAAAUGCGAGUGUUCUAGUCGAGAAAUGCUAA